AAUUUCAAACUCACAUUCAAUUAUCUCUCUUUUUUUCUCUAUUUUCAAAAUCCAAAUUUUUUGAUAAUAAAAAAAUGGAAUCAGGAAAGGUAACAAAGGGAGCCGCCGGUAGGAAAGGCGCCGGCGAGAGGAAGAAAGCCGUCACUAAGUCCGUCAAGGCCGGUCUCCAGUUUCCGGUCGGUAGAAUCACUAGGUUUUUGAAGAAAGGUCGUUACGCUCAACGUACCGGAUCUGGUGCUCCGAUCUAUCUCGCUGCUGUUCUCGAAUACCUUGCUGCUGAGGUGUUGGAAUUGGCUGGAAAUGCGGCGAGGGAUAACAAGAAGACAAGGAUCAACCCGAGGCACGUGCUACUGGCAGUCAGGAAUGAUGAAGAAUUGGGAAAACUGUUGUCUGGUGUCACAAUUGCAAGUGGUGGUGUUUUGCCAAAUAUCAAUCCAGUUCUUUUGCCUAAGAAAACCGCUGCAACCGACUCCGAAAAGGCUACGAAAGCUACCAAAUCGCCCAAAAAAGCAUAAAGACUGAUACAGAUUUAGUUAUAACUUAGGGGUUCGGUUUCUGGAUUUGUAAUUUUAAUGGUUUGUUUUGGUUUUAGGUGUUUGUUUUUGGAAAUAGUGGUAGUGUAGGGGGGUUAAUUGUAAUAUGACAGAACUUGUGGUUUUGUUGUGAUUAUUAUAUAAAUGAAUGAAUCGAUCCUUUUAUUCAA